CUCGACGACCAGCGGAAGGAGGACAUUGCACACCGCUAUGCUGCGCAGGUGACAUCGAUAUGGCACCAGAGCUCAGUUCGAAUUGGAAGAGGCUGCAGGCCCAACUCCAGGCUUCAAAACCCGCGACACCCUCGAAGCCUCAGACUUCCACCGAAGACCACACAUCAUUGAAGCGCAAGCGAUCUCUCAAGCCCAGUGACAAUCCUGCGAAGAAGGAAGGGGCAAACCCCACAUUCAACAAGUCCCCUGCAUCAAGGAAACGACAGAAGAUGGAGGAACCUACGUCCAUAGGCGCAUCGAUCAAGCAGCACAACGUCAAGACGCUCUCUCGCAGUGUCUCGACCCCCCAGCUGAAGCGCAUACCACUCAUCACGUCUGAGAAGGAUGCUGCAGUCGCCGACGACAUUCUCACACCACACCCUGACUUCCCCGACAUCGAGAACGAGGGUGUCUCCGAGACGGCGCUUCCAGGCAAAUACGUCGCACUUGACUGCGAGAUGGUCGGCGUAGGCCCAGAACCCAAUCGCGACUCAGCAUUGGCUCGAGUGUCACUGGUCAACUACCACGGCCACCAGGUCUACGAUUCCUAUGUCCAAAUGCCUCCCAAAGUCGAAGUCACCGACUACCGCACAGCCGUUUCCGGCAUCGAACCGAAGCACCUGCGAAAAGACGUCGCACGUACAUUCGAAGAGGUGCGCAGCGAUCUUAAGAUCCUGCUGGGUGGACGCAUACUUGUCGGUCACGCUGUGAAGAACGACUUGGAUGUCUUGAUUCUAAAGCACGACAAGCGCCUGAUCCGCGACACCUCGAAGUUCUCGAAGUUCCGUCAGCUGGCAACAAAGGCGGGAUGGACCCCAGGACUCAAGAUGCUGACGAAGAAACUGCUUGGUGUGGAGAUCCAGACAGGCGCGCAUAGCUCGGUCGAAGACGCAAGGGCUACUAUGGCUCUGUUCCGGCUUGAGAAGGACGAGUUCGAGACGGAAAUCCGCCAGAAGUACGGCAAUGUCAGGAUGCCGACAGCAGCACCGGAGGUCGAGGCUGACGCAGAAGGAGAAGAGAAAAAGAAGCGCAAUAGGAAGAAGAGCAAAAAGAAGAAGAAGCACUAGGCUAUGGCGGGGGCUUGGUGCACGCGAAGGCAGGGAAAUGCUGAGUUUUGUAUAGAAGAAUACCCCAAAAAGUUGGCGGACAUGAUCAUGCAUUUGUUGGCGUUACUGGCGAUAGUAUCUGCACACUUAUUGUACGGCAGACAUGAUAACUUGGAUUAGUUGUAUCAUACCAUUUAUGGCUCUGGAUGAAUCUAUGAUGCAAUUCGG